AUGAGCUCGGUCGUCGACAACUGUAUAGUCGAGUCAAAACGACAUGAGGCACGGUGCAGUUGCGCACGUAGCUACGCUCGAAGCGACGUGGUGGAGAUGGCGGUUGAAAUCGAGGUGGGACCAUCCCGAAUUGAAACGAUGGGUGUGAGACACAUUAUGGUUCCCUAUUCGCGGCUAUUACGAAGAUUACAUCAGGCAUACUUCGAGAGGACUCCCUGCACUUUAGAUGAUUAG